ACGGCCGACGUAACAAUGGGCAAUCGGGCCACACCCAGUAGACCUUCGCCACCGAACGCUCCUUCCCGAAAUUCUGGUGGCGUGCCAGGCGGGGAUGAGGCGGGAAGGACAUCUUCGGUGGAUCCUCCUCCUCCUCCCUUCCUAUAUAAACUGCGGGGAUCGAACCUUCGUCAAUCAGCUCGAAAUCUCCCGAGUACCAACAACUCCACUUCGUCAAACAUGCAGACUUUGAUCUUCGUCUUGUUGUUGGCCCUUCUGGCCGUCACCUUAGCCGUGCCUUACUACGGCUACGGCUACUACGGUAACUACUACAGUGGCUAUCCCUACGGUGGCUACUACGGUUCUGCCUACUACGGCAACCCCUACUACUCUGGCUUGCUGUGGAAGUAAAUUUCGAGUCCUUUGAUUCCUCCGACCGGCGAAAGAAGAUGAACUCGGAUCCCGCAGUCCACUUUCCUCUUCGACGUAACACUCCGAUUCUUCUGUAAAUUCUUCUCUUUAUUUCAAUAAAUACUUUUUCCGUAUUGAAAACA